UGCUAGGCAGACUUCAGGAGGCAACAGAGCCUGCAGUGCAGAAGAUAAACACCGGAGGGCACCCCAACACAAGAAAACAGGAAUCAUGACUUCUAAGGCAAAAAUUGAGGCCGAAGAGCAAUUCAGAGAAGCUGAACACAGGCGACAACUGGAAAUAAAACAAAAAGAGAUGGAGAUGAAAGAAAAGGAAGAAAGCAUCAAACUGGCAGCCUUCCAAAGAGAACAGGCAGCCCAAGAGGCAGCACACAAAAGAAAACUAGAAGAAGAAGAGGUGGCCUACCGAAGGAAACAAGCAGAAGAAGAGGCGGCCCACCGCCGAGACAUGGAAAAAACACCAAAAGAAAUGGAAAAACAACAAAAAGAAAUGGAAAAACAACAAAAAGAGAAUGAAGAGAAGGAAAAACAGAGAAAACAUGAACUGGAGUUGGCCAAAGCUGGGCUGCAUGUGCCAGCCAACCCUAACAACCCGGCGCCAAUUAUUGCUCCACAGCACAGGAAAUUUCCCACCUACAAGGCAGGUGAUGACACCGAGGCCUUCUUGGAAAAUUUUGAAAGAGCCUGUCUUGGGUACAGCAUUCCCGAAGACCAGUACAUGGUAGAAUUGAGGUCACAGCUCAGUGGACCUUUAGCAGAGGUGGCAGCUGAAAUGCCUAAGCAGCAAAUGAAUGACUAUAAACUUUUUUCAAACCAAGGCCAGAUACAGAAUGGGGAUAACCCCAGAUCAUGCCCGUCGGCGUUUCAGAACCCAAAAGUGGAAACCAGAGGUGUCAUUUCCCAAACACGCCUACUACAUUGCAAAAAACUAUGAGGCCUGGAUAACAGGAAACAACAUUCAAACCUUGGAAGAACUGCACCUCCUCAUACAAAUGGAGCAGUUCUUGGAUGGUGUUCCUGAAGACAUCACACGGUACAUACAAGAUGGAAAUCCCAAAGAUAUCGCUGAGGCGGGGGAGAUUGGAGCCAAAUGGAUGGAACUGGCAGAAAGCAAGAAAGCUACUGUCAAGGGGAACGAUUACCCCAGGGGGCACACAGACCAUAAACCCUACAACCGAGGACAGCCAAAGACCCCACAUACCACCCAAGUAAAGCCACAGAUACCCUACCCUUCAACCUCACCAGUCUCCAGUAACUCAC